AUGCAGUCCACGCAGUUCGAUAUGCAGCUUCUUAUGGAGCCGCUGAACCAGAAAGUCACCGCGAAGAUCCGGAGUCUUUACGACUUCCAGCUGCGUCUGAUGCACAACAUUCCGCCGCUGCCAUCUGGCGUCGACAUCGCGAACACCGUCAAAUAUUUCUCGCAGACACUCCUGAGUGUGCUGAAGGAUGUACCCAGAUCGCCUCUUGAGAUGAUCAGGGAUGCUGAUUGCGACGCGGAGCGAAUGGCCCUCUACCCCAAUUUGGAUUACAAGGGACUGUUCAAUGCGAUCUCGCAGCUAGUCGAUUCCGCUCCCCACAUUCAGUACGGCAUUCAAGCUUUUGGGCAAGCUGUUCUCCAAUGUUUGGGAUGUUUGCUACCAUUUCUGGAAUACGACAUGAUAGACAACCUGCCCUACCUCGUCGCGUACUGUGUGGCAGUGUUCCCUGCCUCCUUACAUCAGGAGAUACUGCAUUUGUUGUGUUACUACAUACUGCCAUUUACAAUCACGCGUCGCUACUCCGGAAUGGAGGAGGAAAGCCAAGCAUCCCAAUCCGUGGGGGCCAUCAUCAUGAUGGUGUUUCAACAUUCUAACAACCCAGCUCACCACUGCCAACUGCUGGAGUGCCUGAUGUCUAUGAAGCAGCAAGCGGUCCGGGACGUUCUGUGCGUGGUGGCCCAUGGCACUUGGGGGGCCCGCCUCUCGGCCGCCAAGCUCCUGUUCUACUACUGGCCGCCCUUCGACGCCAAACUCUUCGACCGCAAGGGCCUGCUCUGCAAAUUCUCCAACGACCUGGUGCCGUUCCUGUGCCAGCGCGACAUGUGCCCCAACGCGGGCAGCGCGGAGGCGGCCAAGGUCUGCUACGACCACUGCAUCAGCGUGACCUUCGCCUCCGACACGCCGCCGCCGCUCUACCUGUGCAUCGAGUGCGCCAACGAGAUCCACAGGGAACAUCCGAAUCAGCGUUUCUUCGACAUCCUUCAUCCGCAGCAGCAGGUGUCGAUGGUUUGUGAGAACAAGAACUGCCGCUCUACGGACAAAUCGGCAUAUUCCAUCUGCUUCAGCAACGAAUGCGCCAGCUAUAAUGGCAACCAUCCUAUCAGAUACUGCCAGCAGUGCCACGGGAACCGGCACAACAGCCGGCGCGGCGGUGACCACGUGAUCCACUCGCGGCUGCCACCCGCCUGGCACAUGGACAGCGACAUGCAGACGAACCUCGUCGAGGCGGUCAUCAGUCUGCUGAAAGAAGCGAAGCCCAUAAACAUGGAGGAUCCCGACAGUUCGGCGGAGCAGCUCAAGCCGCCGUUGUCUGUGAACCUUCCCGACCCCAUCUCAGUAGAGGAUCGACAACUGCUGGGAAGGUACGGCGUUUGGCUGUUGGUGGGGCUGUGCACUCCGAACCCGGACACGCCCGACGAGAUCCUCGGCAGGCUGCUCUCCGUGCUCUUCCACUGGUUCCACGUCACCUCCUUCUCCUACACCGGCGAGACGGCCGCCGCGGUGGAGCGGCUGAAGUGCGAGCACGCGUGCGGCUGGGUGCGCGCCGUGGCGGAGCGGCAACCGCGCGUGCUGCUGCAGUGCCUGCUGCCGCAGCCGCCGCCGCACGCGCGCCAGGCCGGCCACUGGGACGCGCUCGCCUCCAAGGCGCACCACCUCAAGGACGGCCUCAACAGACUGUACUGUUUGAUUCCCUAUGGGAUUAUCACACAGUCUAUCUGGGAUUGCAUCAUGCCAGCUUGGAUGGAAGCUAUCUGCACGGACGUUCCGGAAAAGGAGCUGAUGGAGCUGAAGGUGCCAGUGGCCAAGAUCCUGGAGCCGGAUGGCAGCAUGGUGGGCGUGGACGAGCGCGACCUCUACAACUUCGCCGUCCUCAAGGUCAGCGACAAGCCCCGGCCGGACACGGUGCUGCCAGUACUCGAAUGGUUCCAGACGAUUUCCCUGUUGGAAGUGAAAAUACCUCUUUCACAACUCUUCGAGCUGUUCAGCCAUUGCGUGAUCAACAUGCCCGAGAAUCUCGUAAAAGCACCAUCGGAAAGCUCCAAGUCUAAAGACAACACUAACCACGAGACUAACACCUCACCGGAAGCCAACGACAAAGAGAAAGAGCAGGCUGAUGAGAUGAAACCACAGAACAUGACUUGCUGCAUCCUAAUGCUGGACAUAUUGCUGAAACAGCUUGAGCUGCAACAGAGCCGUAUCAACAUCCAGAACGUCAGCAGCGAAGCAACCAAGCUUCUACGUCUCAUGCUCAAGUCCAAUCAGAUGAACACCAUAGAACACGCGACGUGCCUGGCGGGCGGCGCGUGCUCGUACUGCUCCGCCGCGGCGCUGUGCCAGCAGCUGGGCGUGCGGCUGGUGCGCGCGCUGGUGCCCUGCCGCUCCAGGGCGCAGCACGAGCCGUCCAUCGAGGAGAGCUGGUGCGAGACGCAGAUGAAGAAGGCCCAAUCGGAGGAAGAGCGCAGCAAGUCUGGCGGCACGCCAGCGGCCUCAGUGGACGCGCUCAUGUCCAUCGCGCACCCGCUGGAGAAGAGCUCCGUGGGCGGGGUGCUGGUGCACAUGCCGCAUUUUGUUCAUUUCAUGCAACUCUCUCUCAUAAGCGACGUCGGCUCGGAAACUACUUUGACGAAAUCGUCAGGCGACACGCAAAUAAUGACCGCCACCGUGGAGACCAUAACGGAGCAGCUGGACAUGGCCGUGAGCCUUCCGCCCGCCGAGCAGCCGCCCCUGGCCACCGCCCACACCAUCACCCUCACCGACACCGACGUCGCCACUGCCACGGCCGACAUCUCGACGCCAAACCUGCUCGGUGAUCAUGAAGCCAUGGCGGAAUCCGUGGAGGAGGACAUGGCCAACUUCUGGCCUACCUCAGCAGGGAAGUUCCACUUCUGCAUAGACGAGCUGCCGCAGGAACUGCAGUACAUCCAUCAAUUGCUACAGGAAUUGAAGAACACGACGAGGCCCGACAUACUCUAUCCAUUGCUGCAGUGUCUGCAGGUACUCGUUCUAAACACAGACGCAUUGGCAGAGCACAGAGGCUUCCUUAUCUGGUGUCAGGAGAAUCUGCUUAUCGAAAACCUGUGGGGCGCGUGCGACGCGGCGCAGUCGCACAUGAGCGCGGUGAGCGUGCCGGUGCUGCUGCACUGCGUCACGCUGCCCGGCGGCGCCGACGUGUUCUGCUCGCUCGUGAGGGACCACUUCCACCACGCGGACGCGCGCAAGCGGUUCACGGCCGUCGAGCGCGUCACGCUCAUCAUCAGAUUCAUGGACGGUUCACCGAUUAGGGCAAGUCUGCCUCUGCAGACCGCCCUCGCCACCGCCUUCUGCUACCUGAUCUCGAGCAUGGACGACAUAAACGUGUACGUCGCGCAAAGGGCCACUCUUUACAUAGGCACCAUACACGACAGCGCCAUCGAGCUGCUGCUCUACUGCCUGGAGACGCAGUUCGACCUGGUCAUCGUGGAUCGGCCGAUGGUGCUUCAGUCCAUCUACCAACUGCACAACACCCUCAGCGACCGGCGCAUCCUCACCUGGGACUUCUUCCUCAACCGUUUUGAGACCCUGCUCUUGGAAGCUCAGAUCAAUUCCAACAAGAAUCUUGACUACUCCAAUUUGAGAGAGCUGGUGGGCGGCGACACGAGCUCGGAGUGGCUCGUGUGCAAGGUGCGGCGCGCGCACGAGGCGCUGAGCGUGUCGGCGCGCGACGCGCACGUGAACACGCUCAGCGCCUCGCUCGGCGCCAAGUGGCCCUACAAGCGCACCGUCUCCGCGCCCGCCGCGGUGCCGCCGCCGGACCCGCGACUCGAACGCGAGAAAGUGUACUCGCGCCAGUACUCGGCCCCGCUACUAAAGCGUAAAAGCUCGCGAUUCGGGCUGGGCCAGCUGCUCACGCCGCAGCCCCUCGGCUCGGCCCACAAGCCCAACGCUCACGAGGGCCUUCAUUCUAUGUCGGGCCGAUCUACUGAGGAUACUUUGACGACUGUACUGCCCAAGGUCGACCUCGAAGAGACGGACCGCGAGACCACCAACCUUCUAGUUUUCCUAUUGAUGCAGUUUUUGUCCAGGUCGGAUCAAGCGCACCCAACGGAGGACAAGUCAUGUCUGAGGACGCAAGAGCUGGUGCUGAAACAUCUCUUCAUGUUAAUCGGCUACAAUUCCGUGGAGAAGUAUUUCCAUGUGGCCCCUCAUGUAAUGAGACAAUCAUCGAUUUUCAAUGCUUUCCUGGCCAACUUGCCCCAGGUUUUGGAUCAAAAUCACGUGAUGGGCGCCAGCAUUGCCGAACCAACUCUUGUUGUAUUGCAGUAUUGCAGCGGGCCGGGUUCGGGUGGUGGCGGGGGCGGGUGUGGCACGGGGGUGGGGGCGGGGGCGGGGGGAGCGGGGGGCGCGGGGGGCGCGGCGCCCACGCACACGCUGGCGGCACUGGAGCCCCACGUGCGCCGCCACUGGCUUGUGGCGUUACUGGUCGUGCUCUACAAGUACCACUACGGGACUGUGCAAGCGGAUCCCUCCGAUGAUCGUGAUGCCACAAGUGCCUACGCAGACCCAGACGACACGUCCCAGCAGCCGCCGAGGACGCGAGAAGCAAGCCAGCCUUCGCUGAAGACGGAAGAAAGCAAUGUCACCCACAAGUCUCCUUCUCAUUGGUCUGAGCAACCCGAGCCUGCAAAAUACCAGCAGUGGAGUUUGGAGCAGGAAUCGUCGGAAAGCGAGCUCAUCGCCAUCCCCGAGACAAGCGACAAGUCUGAUACCACUGUGCAUGGCAGCACUGCCCCGGGUUCCUUCGACGAGCCGUCGCACUACGAGGAUCCCCCGAAAGUGGAACUCCAAAACGUCUGCGUUCAUCCGCCACACGCGAAAAUGUCAACGGCUGCCGUGUUUGGCGGUCGACCUUCGCAGCAGCUCUCCACCAGCUCUUCCGUCUCCAUCGGCAGCGACUCUUCGAACUUGAAGUCUACCCCCAUGAGCAGCCACUCAGUAGAGAUCUGGCCAGACCAGUUCAACCAGAGUUCGCCGCGCGCCAAAUUGCUGGGCAAGCAGAGGAGGGUCGUUGCCGGCAGCAGCACGUCCCCUGACACGGCGCCUUCGCCCAACGGCGAGGGGCUGGCACCGGCGCCUCCGCCCCAGCGGCUGCGGAGCCCCGCCGCCGAGCGGUGUUCGGGGCUAGCCUACGCGUCGCCAGAGUCGCCGCUCUCCAAGAUGGAGCUGGGCUGGUGCGCACCACCCCACACCACUAACCACCACCAGCACCACCAACACCAGCCACCACACCAGCCCUUCAACAUCCCGCCGCCCGAGAGACUACUCCCGAUAGGGCCGAAACCGAACAAGGAGCAAUAUCCGGUGUUCAACGCACUAGUGGAUAGAGUACGAGAAGCGUUGAAGUUACCGCCAGACGACUCCACGGACAGGACAGACUCCAGCCGGUCGGAGAACGAGCCCACGCCGACGCCCGCUGGACGUCCCCAGGACUUGACCAAGAAGCUAUCUUCGGAGAGCACCAGCAGGUCUCCGCGGCGGCUGGCCCGCCAAGCCGCUCAGCUGGGCUCCCCACCGCACCUCGCUCAGCAACAGUCCCAACAGCAUCCGUAUCAACAGCAACAGUUCCAACAACAGCACUAUCAGCCCCACAAUCCUCGCGCCACCGCCCGUCCCCACUCUACCGAGAGCGGACGCGCGGGUGGGUCGUGGUGGGGCGCGAGCAGCCGCGCGGGCAGGAGGGCCGCCCACGCCGCGCCCCCCGGCCCACACGCGCCCCGCCCCGACGCCGCCCUCUGCUACCGCUGCGCCGAGUGCGGCACCGCCUUGGAGCAGUACAGCGACGAGGAGUUGGGCCUCUGCGUGAUCGUGCUGGCGACCUUCGUGCACCGGGAGCCGGCCGCGGCCGCCGCCAUGCUGCCGGCCUUCCUGCACAGCGUCAGCAGGGUGGUGCAGCUGGGCAACUACUCGUGGCAGGCGGAGACCAACACGCGCCUGCCCGGCAGCGCGGUCUUCGUGGCUCACCAGUUCCUCCGCUGCGUGCUGCACCAGCUCGCCCCCAACAACGUCUUCCUGCAGAUCUUUCUGCAGCGCACGCCAGAAAAGCAGCGUCUCACAUUCUUCAAGAGCAUUGCGCAGGCAUUUGUUGACUUCAACGAGCUGUAUCCAUGCGGCCCCCUUCAGCUGGUGAUAGAACACUUGAAUUCCAAGAAAACUUUACCAAUUGAUCAAAUCCCUACGAUCGCGGGCAACAUCGCGACGUACCUGGAGUGCCUGGCGCCCGAGGCGCUGGGUCCGCCGGGCGCGUGCGGCGCGCUGCUCGCCGCCUUCGAGCAGCUGCUGCGCUCCGUGGCGCUGCAGCUGCCGCAGCUCGACGACGUGGCGCCGCUGCUGCGCGCCUGCGCCGCGGCGCUGCGCGUGCCGCAGGCCCACAUGCACAAGGUCUUU